CAAACCCUUUAGGCAUCUUGGCAGCAAAUAUUUUAUCACCAGCCAUUGUGACCAAGCCAAGUGACAUUGAAAUUAUGCUAUGGGUGUGCAGUGGUGCAAGUCUUUAUGGUGUCAUCUUGUCCACCUUUGGUGUCUGUGCAUCACUGCCUCCUUCACCACCAAGUCCUAGUGCUGCUGCACAAUCUGAGCCAUUUUUUAUUGGCAUCAAAAAGUUGCGUAACAAUUUUUCCUUUUGGAUGCUGACAUUUGGAGUAGGUGGAGGACUGGCCUUGUUCACAGCCUACACCACAUUUAUUGAGCAGAUUCUGUGUCCUCAGAACUAUAACAAUAGUUUUGCUGGCUUGUGUGGAGCCCUGAUGAUAGCUGUGGGGGCUGUUGGUGCUGUCAUUGCUGGUUUUAUUGCUGAUAAGACAAAAAAGUUUGCAGAAGUGACUAAAAUUGGGUUUUGCCUUAGUGCCUUAUGUGGCAUUGCUUUUGUGCAGUUUGCCAGGUUACGAGGAAUGGAUGUCCCCAUUGCAGUGAGCAUUGCCUUAUUUGGUUGUUUUGGAUUUGCUAUUUACCCCACUUCUCUGGAGAUGGCAGUUGAAGUGACCUAUCCAGUUGCUGAAGCUACAAGCACUGGAAUUGUUUUUCUGUCAGGACAAAUACAGGGUAUUAUUCUCAUGUUGCUGGCACAGUUUUUGGCACAGCCUCUGUCUGACCAUGAUGCAUCAUUGCCGCAGGCUUGCCCUAGUGAUGGGGAGUUUGAACCUCAAGACUGGACCAUACCAAACUUGAUUUUGAAUGGCUACAGUGUGUUAUGUGCAGCUGUGGUUGUAAUCUUCUUUCGGGCUGACUACCGUCGAAUGCGGGAGGAAAACAGACUCAGGGCUGGAAACAUACUACAGGGGGAUCCUGGAACUCCUGUUCUCAGUUGA